UGUUCCUCUCCAUACAGAAAUGGCUGAUGGUCACUUUCAGGGUUUAAUCACCUUCUUCUCAUGGAAUGCACUGUUGCUUCUUGGGGUCUGCUUCCAUGAUGUGGAAGCUGUCAAGUGUAAACAACGAAGUGGAAAAGUUGGAGAAACUGUGGUGCUUUCCUCAGAUUUACCCCCUGAAGGGGUCAGCUCAGCAUAUUGGAAGUAUGACAAUUUCACCAUUGCAGAUAAGGAUGAUUUGGUUUCUGAACAGCAUCCAUUCUUGGGCAGAGUCGACCUAAACCUUACAGACUACAGUCUAACAAUAAGAAAACUGACUGUUCACGACUCUGGUAACUUCACUUUUCUCUCACUGGUGAAUGACGAACAAAGAGAAAGUGUCUGCAUCACUCUGCAGGUUCAAGAGGUCCUAUCGGAGCAGCCUGAGCUGAAUAUCAUCAACCUAGACUGGCACCUUGUGAAUGAGUCCUGUACAUUUGGGCUCCAGUGCAGUUCACCCUCUCACAGAUCCGUCUCCUACAAAUGGACUGUGAAGAACCAAACCCAGAGUGGACCCACGUUGCAUUUUGUCUUAAGGCCACAGGAUGGAUACACCACAGUCACUUGCAUCAUUUUCAACUCUUUGAGUGAAAAAUCAGCAUCUAAAACCCUAUGGUGCGGUCCACCUGUUAAACCAGAAGUACCGGUAUACAAGCCUUCUACACUGUCCAUUGCACUGGUUUGUUCUGUCUUACUGACCAUUUUGCCACUGUCACUGCUGUGCUGGUGCAAAAGGAUAAAAAUUAUGUGCUGUACCAGGGUCACAGAGGGCUCUGUUACACCCCAAACUAUCAAUCAGAAUGAAAAUACACAGCAGAUCUACUCCUCUCUUCUCCACGGUGAUCUUUCUGUCUAUGAAUCAGUCAGUGGCUCUAGAAACACCGGGGAUGACAAGGAGCAGAAUGAAUAUAAUAACCUCACGUCUCAAAGUCAUGGCGAUGCAGAGAUGGGCGGUGACUACAGUAAUGUGAGUCCUGAGCAAUGAAUACAAGUGCAUCAUCAGCGAAAUGUGACAUACAUGGACAGCAACGUGGA